GCGGUGCGGGCGCCCGGACGGAGGUGGCGGCGGCGAUGGCGGCCCGGUGCGUCAGGGCGGCGCGGCGCUGCCUGCCGGCUCUGGCGUUGUCGCUCAGGCCCUCUCCUCGGUUGCUGUGCACAGCCACGAAGCAGAAGAACAACGGCCAGAACCUGGAGGACGACAGCGGCCACAGCGAGCAGAAGACAGAGCCGCCUUCCACAGACAGGGUUCUUCUGGAAGAGAAGGCGAAGCUGGAGGAGCAGCUGAGAGAGACGACGGAAAAAUACAAGCGCGCCUUGGCGGAUACUGAGAACUUACGACAGAGGAGUCAAAAGUUGGUGGAGGACGCCAAGUUAUACGGCAUCCAGGGCUUCUGCAAGGACUUGCUGGAGGUGGCUGACAUUCUGGAGAAGGCGACCCAGAGUGUUCCGAAGGAAGAGAUCCGAGACGACAACCCUCACCUCAAGAGCCUGUACGAGGGGCUGGUGAUGACUGAGGUCCAGAUUCAGAAGGUGUUCACGAAGCACGGCUUGCUCAGGCUGGACCCUGCGGGAGCCAAGUUUGACCCUUACGAACACGAGGCCUUAUUCCACACGCCCGUGGAGGGGAAAGAGCCGGGCACGGUGGCGCUGGUUAGCAAGGUCGGGUACAAGCUGCACGGGCGCACCCUGAGGCCUGCCCUGGUGGGGGUGGUGAAGGGCGCGUAGCCACCGCCUCUGGACUCUCUUGAUCACUUGCUAUAUAACUUCCUAGUUCUUGGCAGUGACGGUGUUUGGCCUUUGCCAGCCUUGUGAGGAGGCUGGAGCCCCUGCACAGGCGGGGGGAGCCGGGUCACUGGGUCUUAGCAGCACACGUUCUGUAUAAUAGGCUUCACAGGCUUCCAGAGAUUGCUGAGGGGCUUGUGGAGAACCGUGGGUAACACUGUAUCCGCUCUACCUGGGUGAUUGCAAAGUAUUCUCACAAAUAAAAGGUCUUGGGGAAUUCUGUUUGGCUGCACAGGUGCGCAUAGGCAGCGUUCUCCACAACUCACCUGCAUCCGCAGGGCUGUGCAGACCCCUCUGAAGCAAAGGCCAGAGGGGGCACGUUCUUAGGAAGGCUUGGGACCAGCACGCCUGCGGCCGAGGCAGGCGGAUCUUAACUCCAGACCCACAUGAGCUAAGUACGUAACAAGACUCUCAAAACAAAAUCAAGUAGGUGCAGUGGCUAAUGCUGGUGAUCUCAGCUCUUCAAGGAGACUGCAGUUUGGAGUUCAAGGCCAGCCCAGACAAAAGAUACUCUUCCCCAUUCCCCAUGAAUUCCAGUAGUUAGGAGGCAAAGGUAGGAAGAUUGCAGUGUUAGGUCCCAAGCAAGAUGACGAGACCUCAUUUUCUUAAGCAAAAGAGGACAAAACUGGAUAGAGAAGAUAUCGUUGAAAUGAAAAUCCCUACCUAGCAAGUGCGAGGCCUGAAGUUUUCAAACCCCAGUAUGACCCUUGAGAAGAAUAGGAGCUAGGAAAUGAAUACUUAACUUUAAAAACUUCAUGUUGCCAACUACUGAAUUUGGCAGACUCAGCUCCUGUUUCCAGUGUUACUGUCUCCAUGUUUAAGUCUGUACUCAAGCACAGCCUCAGGGUGUAACCCUUCCUGGUUAAGGUGGACUGGUUAAGGAAGAGGACACGCUCAGUAUACUUUCACUGUUACUAAGUCUCAGGUUUUGUGGGAGAGGAUUAAAAGCCCAGUGUUUGUUUUCCUA